AUAUCCAAUCCAAUCCGUUGCUGAUAGCCAAAUAUGAAGUAUUACUGCACCUUGAGACAAUGCGCUUCAUACUCGGGAGGAAAAAGUCACUUGGUUUCAGCCUUUUUAUGUGGCAAACUCUAAAAGGACCACGUUUUACACAACUUUGCAGUGCGGUGGUCUCUAGAUGGCCACAGUCAUUCAUGCUGCUGCUGGUUGGACCUUUCAGCCCCCGGCACACUCAAGGAAAUGCUAACAAGAUGUCAGCCAGCCUGCUUGCCAGAGAAUAUGUUGUUGCAGGAGACCAAAUAUAUAGCUAGUGAGCUAUCAGAGCCCUUGAUUGACUCUUGCCCUUGGUGUAAGCGACCAUUGGCAGUAUGGAAUUGGAUCUGAUACAGUUCCAGGGAAUAGGAUGGAAAAUAUUCAUAUUUUAUCCACACAACCUGCCACUAUUUUCUUUUCUAAAAGAAAACAAAAUCAAAAUAACAAACUGCUUGGAUUGACGUGUUCUCCUAAGGCGCUGGCUAGGGAAGCAAGAUGUUUGUGAGGGCACAUGCUGGAUGCUGGACCAGGCAUCCCAGACAAUAUUUGCUCUUAUUUUCCUACAAGCCAUUCGGCGUCAUCUCUGUCCCCAUCUUGGACACGGCCCACAUGGAUGGACAAGCUUAAUGCAGACCUUGUCCAACAGCCAUCUCCGGUUAUGUACUACAUGACCUAGCUACAAUCUCCCGGUAAUCAUAUGCUGACACGUAUUUAGGAUAAUGAAAAUGGCUGACUCAUUCUAUCUAUUUCCUUUGUCCUGCAAGUGUGCUAUUUUGAAAUGUCAGCUCCAUAGGAGGCAGCAUUGGUGUCAACACUUGGAAUUAUUAGCAUACACGGCUACUGUCUGCUUUUGGAGCAUUGUAGAAUAUGCAGCUACCGCCACACAUCAUAUCUGUAUUCCACCACUGCUUGGAUGCAGGAAGACAAGAAGUUCUCCAGAGGAAGAAGCAUUCCACAAGUUUCUCAAUAAGAACUUCCUCAUGACAAUGGAAGCGCCCUUAGUUUUUUUUCUCAGUAUUAGACUUGGAAUGAACUCAUUGGUAAGAACCACAACAAACACUUUAGUUUGUUUGGUGGUGCCCGUGUUUGAAAUCUUCAGUUCCUCAUAUAGAAUUUCUGGGUAGCAUGUGACAUAAUGUGUGUUUGCUCAGUGAAAUCCCAGCCAACAUACUGCUGCUGUUCUUGCGCAUGGACUUCAAAGCUAUGAGAGAAUUCCUAAGAGCCUGUCACGAAGGAGGAAACCAGCCAGUAAUGCAGAGCAAGGUGGCCGAGUAGUUGGCAGGGACUUGGAUAAGCACAAUUGAUCCUAGAAUCAAAGGUAAGAUGCUGUUAGAACAUCAACAUGGGGAAUGCAGAAAGGAUGACCUAGCCGAGCAAAAAAAAAAAAAAAACAGCGGCUGAGCCCUUCAAAUGUCUCCAAAGACUACAUAUAAAGCAUGGACUUGCCCUCUGCUAAAUGUAAACUUGUACAAACAACGAUGACAUCAUAGACAGGAUGAAAUGGCCAUGCCUGGAGGAAGUGUGAACCACCACAUAGUUGCUUUAGCGUGUGUGCACCCUGCCAUGGAUGUUAGACGUGCGAGUACUUGGUUGUCCACUGACUGCCUCUCAAGUGGCGGUGCAACCAGCAAUAUCUGCUUACUUGUUCAAUACCAAACUAGGAAAGAUCCAUCCAUCCAUUUUCUACCGCUUAUCCUCACAAGGGCGCCUAUCCCAGCUUUCUUGGGGCGAGAGGCGGGGUCCACCCUGGACUGGGGGCCAGCCAAUCCCAGGGCACAUAUAGACAAACAACCAUUCACACUCACAUUCAUAGCUAUGGACAAUUUGGAAGGGCCAAUGAAGCUGACAUGUUUUUGGGAUGGGGGAGGAAAGCGGAGUACCCGGAGAAAAACCACGCAUGCACGGGGAGAACAUGCACACGCCACACGGAGAUGCUCAAGUGGAGAAUGCAAACCAGGUCUUCCAUCUCCUGACUCUGUGGCCUACAUGCUAACUAGGAAAGCUCAUACAUCACAAAUGUUCCACAAGCCUCAGCUGCCCCCUGAAAUGUUACCUUGACGUGUUCUUGACAUUCUUUCUUUAACAGGUGUGGCUGACUAUAAAGAUGUUGGCCCGUGGAGGAAAUAGUUUGUAGAGUGUUGGUUUGUCAGAGCCUGCUUUGGCCGUGAAGGCAGUGUAGCACCAAUGGAAGGAAGCUUGGUAGGUAACUUGCAUGACAAAUCUAUCUCCCCAAGUUCAAGCAUGCCCGUAUUUUUCCAGAAGCUCUCAAAGCUGCUUAGUAACCUGGGCCCGUAUUCACAAAGCUUCUCGGUCCUCUCAAAAAGCUCCCAUUGUAGCCCAAAUAGCUUCCUAGGAACCUUAGGGAGGAGGUGUGCUUGAACCCAUUGCUCGGUAGGACGCAGUGUAUUAAAAAUGUAUCAUGCUGACAUUGGUUUCAUGUCAUAAAUGGUGCCUGUUCUAUAGAUAUGCUUAUUGAUACGUUGACUUACUGCACAACCUUGCUAACAAUGCAGCAAUUCUGCUCAUUUUCUGCACUUUGUGAUGAGUAUUGGACUCCUAGAGCAGCGACACACCAUAACGCACCUCUUUCUGCAGUAUAUCCAUUGACUUGUCACUUCCUGUUUACCACCCAAAUGGUCUGUUUCCUUUCCUCCACUGUGAUGUGGGGAUACAUGUGUAUGUAUGUAUGUAUGUAUGUAUGUAUGUAUGUAUGUAUGUAUGUGCAUGUGUAUUUUACCUGCGACCAGGUAUGACAACCCUGUGAUGGCCGUCAUCUCAGGCGUUAUGUACUCGGAUGAGCAAGCUCUGACUACGCCAGUCUUAGGCUCCUAAAAAGUCCUCUUUUCCACUCCGCCUUAGGACAUAUUAGGGUCUAAGACGCUUGGGAGUAACUUAUCUCUUAUCUCUUAGCAAGUAAAACAUUUGAAGAAAAGUCUUUAGAAGUUGUGAUGUCACUAAUAGGUUUUCUACCGCUAGAAUGCUUUGUGGAUACGGGCCUCGAUCAUGUAAACCUUUUGGAAAAGUAAACGGUUAAUACUGUCCACCAUGAUCAGCAUUGAGCUCCAAUGACUGAUUAGCUGAUGUUUUACCAGCUCAACAGAAACGUCUAAUUGAUGUUGUGGACUUUGAAUUGAACCUGAGAAACUUCAUGGCGCGCUUUGUAUUGUAUAUAUGUAUAUCCCAUAUUACCAAAGAAAUGCCAACUUAGGUCUACAAGGACGUAUGCACUCCAGCCAUUUGUUUAUGUAUGUUGCUAUCGUAACUGGAUUGUCCUGGCUAGCGUGACAUGUACACUGCAUUACAACAUGUACAGAGUAGCUUCCUGUUCAUGAGACCUAAUCCUGAAAAUCCCACAGCCCCCCCAACAAUCCAAACAGAAAUGUCAAAAUGGCGUAGGUUUAGAAAAGCUUUUAUCAUCUACUCGUCUCUGGCCCAAGUCAGUCAUGUGCAGGCAAAGGCUGUUUUUCUCCUUUUCCGCUUCUGUUGGUGGGACUCAGCCACAGCAGACCCACCGACAUGAACGUCAACAAAGUCCACUGGCAUCAGUCUUGCUUAUGUGGACAUUUAGCCACUUGGACAUGACCUCAACAGGCUCCACUGUUGUUGGCUCAUCUACAUUGCCCUUGUAGAAUCAGCAUCAGCUUACCUUACACUUUGUAGUUCUUCAAAUUGAUCCAUUGAAAACCUCAUGGCGCCUCUUCCAAUGGGACCUGAACCAAAAUGAUGUCUGUGUGGUGUACAGUUUUUCCUUUAACAGGUUUGUCCAUCUUUAAAGCUGAGAAGGAACGAUCCAAAGCAAGAACUUGUGUGUGGUAACCUUGGAACAGUAGUUGUGUAGCACUUGGUGGACUGGUUUGGAUGAUGAAAAGGUAUGAUGCCAUCUCAUUUUCUCAUCAUUUUGGAUUGAUGGACAUGGAAGGUUUCUUCCUGUGUAAUAUUCUGUAGUUCAUGAAUUAGACAAUAUAAGAUAGACAUGAAAGGUUUCUUCAUGAAUAAUAUUCUGUAGUUCAUGAAUUAGAACAAUAUAGAUAGACAUGAAAGGUUUCUUCAUGUAUAAUAUUCUGUAGUUCACCAUGCAUUAGAACAAUAUAGAUAGACAUGAAAGGUUUCUUCAUGUAUAAUAUUCUGUAGUUCACCAUGCAUUAGAACAAUAUAGAUAGACAUGAAAGGUUUCUUCAUGUAUAAUAUUCUGUAGUUCAUGAAUUAGAACAAUAUAGAUAGACAUGAAAGGUUUCUUCAUGUAUAAUAUUCUGUAGUUCACCAUGAAUUAGAACAAUAUAGAUAGACAUGAAAGGUUUCUUCAUGUAUAAAAUUCUGUAGUUCACCAUGAAUUAGAACAAUAUAGAUAGACAUGAAAGGUUUCUUCAUGUAUAAUAUUCUGUAGUUCAUGAAUUAGAACAAUAUAGAUAGACAUGAAAGGUUUCUUCAUGUAUAAUAUUCUGUGGUUCAUGAAUUAGAACAAUAUAGAUAGACAUGAAAGGUUUCUUCAUGUAUAAUAUUCUGUAGUUCACCAUGAAUUAGAACAAUAUAGAUAGACAUGAAAGGUUUCUUCAUGUAUAAUGUUCUGUAGUUCACCAUGAAUUAGAACAAUAUAGAUAGACAUGAAAGGUUUCUUCAUGUAUAAUGUUCUGUAGUUCACCAUGAAUUAGAACAAUAUAGAUAGACAUGAAAGGUUUCUUCAUGUAUAAUGUUCUGUAGUUCACCAUGAAUUAGAACAAUAUAGAUAGACAUGAAAGGUUUCUUCAUGUAUAAAAUUCUGUAGUUCACCAUGAAUUAGAGUACUUUUAAAGCAAUGUACAGUGGAGCAUUGCUGGGUGUAACCAAUUUGGCAAUAGGUUAUGAUGAAAGUAGAAGACGUAUUCCACAGUACAAGUACCAGACUAUCAACAUCAGGACUAAACGAUGUAACAAUUAGCUUGCCAUUCUGAUGAGUAAUGGGUUAGUUGGCCGGUCAGGUCACAUCUGAUGUGUAAAUAUCAACCGAAGAAAAUAACAUUCUGCUUUCAUGGGUGACUAUGGAAACGAUCAAAGUGGAGAGGUUGGUGUUUUUCCAUGGAUGAAUCACAUGGCAAAAUAGUUGUGGCUUAAUUGGAUGAUGGCAGCCCUCUUGUUGAGGUAAUAAAUGCUCAAAAAGCCAAAGAAAAAGCAAACCCAAGUUAAUUCUUUGGAAGUUGUCCCAACUUAAUUCCAAAUAGUACCACCUGUGGGGCAUUGGACAUGGGACGUUCCACUCUUGAGUCAAUUUGUGGAUAUGACACAUCUCUAUAUGUGACAUCUUUGGAAUAUUUGUCAUCAGAUUUAAGCGGACGUCUUUGGCAGUGACAAACGAGAAGUAGCUGUGACAGACAAAGGACACUGGCCAGUUAUAAUGUGCCAUUGAGCAAGUAGGCCGGCUUUGAAUUUCUUCCCCAUCCCAAAUGUUAUUGGAAUUGACCUUAAAUCAUGUCCCGCUAUUGCAGACGUGAUCAAUUGACAGGCGUGUGGAAAAAGGCGUAGCUGAGCAAGUCAAUGUUUAAAUGUUUAAGUCUUGGCAGAUUGGGAAGCUAAUCGGAAUAAGAGUGGUAUAAAUCUGGCCGGAGAGACACCGUAGCUUGUUUCCACGGAGAUGGGCCACAUCGUUGGUGCGGAAUGGAAACUAAAGCAACUGGUGGUGAACAGGUACACGCGUGGCCCGUUGUGCUUCAGUGUGUGUGUGUGUGUGUGUGUGUGUGUGUGUGUGUGUGUGUGUGUGUCGUGUCUUUGGCAACGUGAGUCGGCCAGGAGCUAGCUUGUCAGAGACAGGCCGUCCCGGUCCACAAGUCCCUGCAUUGGCUUACAUUGACCAUGAGUAGUUCUGCAGCAGUAAAGCCUGGACAUGCUUACACGGAUCCAGUAAGGUAAGUGUCCAUCCAUGUUUAUCUUAUCCAGACGCACACUUAACUCCUCUCUCUUUUCUCACUCAUUCCACGUCGCCCCCUCCAGGUGACUCUCUGAAGGGCUUCUGGCGUCACACUUGGCAAGAAUGGCGUCACAGUGCAGAUCCUCCCAGCUCGUUGUUGUGUGUACAUGACCAAGCUGUGUAGAUAGAUAGACUUCCUUUAUUGUCAUUGCACAAUAACACAAUAACACAGCAGUGAAAUUGCCAACGAAAUGUCGUGCUGUGUGUGUGUGGGUGUGUGGGUGUGGGUGGGUGGUGUGGGGGGGGUUGUAGUACUUUUCCUCACAGUGACUGUGUACGGGUUGGCUGCUCAGCAUCUUUGACCAGAGGUGGUGACAUAUCUCCAGCAACAUGCUAUUCCUUCACUAGCAGGUAGAUUGUCUUUGAAAUCAGCACAGACUGUCCUGUAGUGGUCUUCACCAGAGUUGGGACAACGAACCCACUAGAAGUAUGAUAUUGAGCUCUGUUUCCACUGGGCAGGACAUGACUACCAAGAUCACGUACGUACGUCUGUGGCACAGCUUCCCUCUUAAUGUACCAUCUUCUACAAUAGGAAACACUCAAGGCGGUGCGUUCACAUCACUGCUAGAUGAUGAUGAUGAUGUCACACAAGACUUAGCAGGUUUGAGCUUUAACUGCUUGGUGGAAAAAUGACUACCCUUGAGCAAUAAAGGUGCUGGAAGUUGACCUUUAGUCUUAAAGGGGACCUAUGGUGCUUUUUCCACCUUCCUGAGCUACAAAUGUAGCUGGAAUGCUGUAUUCCCACGGUACACCAAGCCAUCGUUUCACCGAACCAGGUUUGGGCAUAUUUGGAAGUGAGCCCUGAAAGCAGUUUGGGACGGCUCAAAAUGCCCAGUUUCCUUAUAUGGGCGUGGCGGUAAGCCAGAGAACUCUCCUCCCUGCCCCAAGCUCUGCUCCUCUGUUAACUUGCUAGCGAAGCCACAUUUGUUCCCAUCUCGGAAACAUGCCACCACCAGGCAAGUGGUAGGAGUUCCUGAUUCCCUACCAGCAAACGGGUGCCUAGGGAACAUGGGCCAAACGCUAAGAUGCUACUUCCCUUGGAGAGACGUGUUGAAGUAACCUCUUUUUGGGGGAACUGUCCAGUCUGUACUUCCGGAUUGGGAUUUGGGAUCCAACACAUACGGCUGUAUGUUCAUAUGUUGAUUGGCGGGAGAAGAUAAAUCGCAGUUUAUUGUCAACUCCGUUUAGCGCUUUCUAUGCAAGCAUAGCAGAGUGGGCGUGCCCAGUGACUGGCCGUGGGUGGAAUACAUUAAGCAGCCCAUUUUUGCAGGAACCACGAAUCCAAAGAGAUACUGCUGAAUAGGUCAGAUUCUGGUGUGUUGGUCAUGGUUGGUAGCUGCUCUACAGGAGUCCACAACUCCAUAGGACGGACCGUAAAAUGAGCACGAUAGGUCCCCUUUAAGUACACACAAAAUACAUAAUCAUAAAAUAGGCAUUUCAAAGCUAACGUGCCUAGCAUUCAUUAGCAUUCAUUAGCAUCUGCCAAUCUUUGUCUCUGAUUUCAUUUGACUUUCCAUUGAUGCACCGACACUAAUGAAGUCCAUCAAGUUGAACUUUCUAAGCCUCGGUCCCAAGCAACGGUACGGCUGGUCUGCAUGCCAAAAGGGGGGCACCGUGGGACACAUGCUGAGGUUGUUUGUGACGUCAAACUCUAUGGGUGCUUUGUACAUCUUGGGCCUUGUGUGUUUUGCUGGUGUCGUUGGGGCAAAAUGUCCAACCUUUUCGAUGUGCGCACACACGUUGAGAUAUUCCUCCUCCAUGGCCACCACAAGUACACAAGUUCUCCACCAGCGAACGAGAGAAUAGAUGUACUUGUGGCCUGGGUAUCUGCAGCAGCACCACAGCUCCGUGUACUUGUACCACGGGGGCUCUCGUCUUCAACAGAAGAAUGGCCCUGUCAAUCAGUGGUGGGGGGGGGGUGUUAACGUGGUAACCCAGGACCGCCUGUACGUACCACUACCGCCUAUGAGCUGAAUUUUCUCCUGGUUUGGUCUGGGUUCUUGUAGUUGGAGUAGCCUGGUGUUGGAAUCGAGCUAACGUUCAGCACAGCCAUCUUAAUGACUUCUGGCUGCAGCGUUGGUGGAUUGUACCAACAUUCAGCGUGGGGGGUGGUGGGGGUCCAAGUGCUGCACUGGCACGCAACCUGAAGCCGUAUGUUUCCAUGUGGUGUUUUGCUUCCAUGACUGAGGCCAGGUGUGGCGUGGCCUUGAAGGUCCACGCUGCCCAUGAUUGAAGGUGAUCCAUAUCGAUCCAUCUGCACUGUGAUCCAUUCCUUCCCCCGCCUCCCUGCAUUUGCCUUUUAAAAGAAAUGUUGGCUCUGUGUCCCGUGACAAUGCGAGUGUGAUGCCAGAACCCCCCGUGGCCGCCCACGGUGCCCCCAAGACACCUGACUGGUCCAAACAUGCUCGUGCUGAGCAGACUCUGAACACCAGCGUCAGGGGUCAAGGUCAUUGGUCAGGGAUGUAGACUGCAGCUCUCACGCCAUGUGACCUUCUGACACACGCCGCCAUUUCACCCCUUUGGAAUACACGUUUUUGGAAAGGAAUGGUGACACACGAUGCCGUGUCUCCCCCACCCCCAAGAUGGUAGGCCUGUCACAAUAACCAAUCACGAACCCCCCCGGCCAGGCUGUAUGGACGUGGGCAUGCGGGCUGGCUUUCCUCCUGUCUGCCGCCCACCGUGCCGACUUCCCUGGUGGAAUGGCGUCACCUGUCCAGCUGAUGUUGGAUGGCAAUGAGACCUUUUAGCAGCAGGCUACAGUUGUUAUGGCGACAGGCCUACCACUCCUUCCUACCAGGAAGUGGUGUAGCGUGACACAUUAACAGUUGCUCUUUGGUAAUGCAUGUUCAUGUCAUCAUCUCUCUCACGCACACACACAUGCACACGCACACACACAUGCACACGCACGCACAGCUCAUGAUGGCCCCAUCAAGUCACUCGCUGGCUCUCACUGGAUGUCUCUCGCCCACAGGACCCCCCUCCAGCUGAAGGAGGAUGAACAGCCUCUGCUCCGUCAGGGGAACAUGAGCACUCCAAGCUGACCCCCAGGACGCCCCUUCUUUCUUUCCGGGGACAUGGAUGAACUGCAAGGGCCAUGAUGACCACGCAGCAGCAGCACGUGAAGGCUGGGAUGGUGGAUUGAAGCUCCCAAAUAAAAAGAUGAAGCUGUCAGUGCCGAGUGCUUUUUCUUUUGUCUGGGUACCUUGUGUAUCAUCAUCAUCAUCAUCACCAUCAUCACCACCAUCAUCAUCAUCACACGUCACCAAGGUUGGCCCUGACUGAGCCCAGCGGUCCUUGCCGGCCAAUGGGUGACUCUGUGGUUCCGUGAAGCGCUGCCACAUUUCCACAAAGGGGGAGGGCAAGCCGAUCCGGAACUGAGGGGGGUCACUGAACCAACGUGGGUCAUUUUCACGUUGAUGGGCCUGUGCUGCACCCGAUACCCAAACUCUGUUCCUCACGCUGUUGGAGGCCUUGACCUCUUGUCUUUCCCAGUCAUGUGAUCUCUUGGGAAUGCCACAGCCGUCUUUUCUUCCAGUUGUAGCCAUGUUGAGAAGCCACCUGGAAGGUCCACCAUUGAGAACUGCUGUACACAUGUGACCUGUAAAGUGACCUGUACUGCAGGUGGGGUCCGCCUGACCACCCAUCCAUCAAAGGCCAUCAAUCAUUCAUGACGCCAGCCGUCCCAUCAGCCCUCACUCCCCUCCGGCCGUGCUGGAGGACGCGUGCACGCAUCCACGUCCUCUCCAGGAUCUCCUUCAGCACACUCAACGUUCAUGAGCGGCCCCGCUGGAGCGGCGCCGCCUGUCGUGCUGGGUGUGGGCAUCAGCGGACCGUGGUGCCUGAGGUCCGGUGCUCAUGUCUGGACUGACCGGCCGCCCACCGCAGGGGAGAGGAGAGGCAACGCGACCCUGCUAAGGCUCCCCUCGCUCCGAGGACCCGGCAGAACGCCACACAGGCGCGGCAUCAACAUGGCGCCACUCAGCCUGGGGGAGCCGCCCCUCCACAACCCAAAGGACACCCUGGUCUUUGAGGGCCUCUGCUGUCUGCUACCCAAGUGGCCCCCGCCGCAUCUACCAUCAUGCCGGUCCAAGACCCUCCAACCGACCCAACGGAUCCCCUCGCCCGCCAGCAAGGCCAAGGGCAAUGCCCGCCCCACCCACAUCCACUCGGCCCGCCCCAUCCAGCUCAGCUCCGAGAGCCACCCGGCACAGCGUGAUGACCUUUGGCCUUCGGGGGCACAGCUCGGCAAGCCUCCGCCGGACCGGCUGUCUGUCGUCGGGUGGCCGUGUGUCCUGAACGGCGGUCGGCGGCCCGUCACGCCUGCUGCUUCGGGCGGUGCGGGGCGUCCGCAUCUCCACGUCUUCCUGCCCACGGAGGCGCAGGAGGAGGCCCACGUCCAGCGUGUGGAUGAAGGCUUCACGCAUCAGCUGGACCCCAAGAAAACCCCACUGAAGCUGCAGCAGGAAGACCGCAGUCCGCUCGUUCCAGCGCCGUGCGGGACUGCCUGAUGUCACUCACUAUUGGUAUGAUUAUGAUUGAUAUCAAGCUUCAUAUUUGUACUGUUGUUAAAGAUGAUGGCAUAUUCAUUAGUAGCACAGGACGGAUCACAUCUUUUAUACACCAGUAAAAGGCAAUGAAACUCAUUCUUAUUACAUACUAAAUCAAAUCAGUAGUGCAAAAUAUUCCAUAUUUAGAUGGACCUCUAACGAUAUGAAUAUGAAAAUGCUAUCCCGGAAUUAUUGUGUGCAGGAAAUGCUAUUUUGUGUUUGCGUGUCUUGUCAAAGCACAGUUAUUACGGUAGUUGGAUGAAAAAUAAACCCCCCAAUGCCUCGUCUUUUCCUCUCGUCCGUGGGUGGCAGUGUCUGCAAGUGUCCAGUGGGGGCGCUCAUGAGCCAAGCGGGCUUUCGUGCACCCCGAAAGUAAACAAGCGAGGAAGACGAUGCUCCUCUAUCUCGCAACAUUAGCGACUGGAAUGUUCCAUCGGCGGUGAAUGAAGUGUCGCUAACCUGCCGCCGAGUUACGUAAAAGCACCGUGUCGCAUUUGUAUGCACAAUCCACGCCUCGGGGAACCGGAGCAAUCACGGCGGCCAUGGAAACUGGCGACGGGCAUCAACAUCCGGCCGCCAAUGAAGUGCAAGUUGCGGAAAGCGCGGCCGAAGCAGCCGUAGACGUGGGAGGUGGAGGAUGCGCCCCCGGUGGUGCUGAGGUGAAGAGGAACCAGGCUCCACACCAGGUGGACAGGAAGCCCUCCAAGCAUGAAGAUGCCGCCAUGCAGCUGGUCCCGUGCCGAUGGGAACCUCUGAAUCUUGACUCGUCCCUUCCGGAAGCGGAUGCCGACACCCCCGGGCCGUCGAGUAGUAACAAAACUGAGGAAGAACAUCCAGUUGAAGGAAACGGUGAGGAUGAGGAGAUGGACGCGACCCCCGCACAGGAUUCAGACUGUGAGGAGGAGGAGCAGCGGGAGCAGCAGGAGGAGCAGGAGGAGGAGGAGGAGCAGCAGCAACAGGAGCCGGAGGAGCAGCAGCAGCAGGAGGAGCAGGAGCAGGGUCCAGGGCGGUUCUUCAUGGGGACGGACAGCAAUCUGGAUGAGAUGAUGGACAUCGGUACGGUGGACCAGCAGGAACAGGAAGCUCAGAUGAAGAAAGGAGAGGACGCCCGGGCGGACGCUGACGUGGAAGCGGAAGCGGAAGCAGAAGAAGACCAGGCGCCUCUGGACGCCACAGCUGGCGCGGGCGGGGACAUGACCAACGGCAUGAAGGUGGUCCGCCUCUCUGUCUCCGACCCCGCCCCUUGGCCUCCCUCGCCCCCCCUGAAGAUCAAGGACGAGCCGCUGGACGAGGAGUACAACCGGGCGCUGCUCUGCACCCACGCCGCCGUCAAGGACGAACCCGGCACCGCCAAGGAGGACUUGCAGAUCGGCUCGGUGUACUCGGUGACUCCGCCCUCCAACGCCCCCACGCAGCGAGCCGACCCGUUGGCGGCGUCCUUGCACAUGACCUGCGCGCGCUGCAAGGCGGCGCUGGCCAAAGGUCAAACGGCCUACCAGAGGAAAGGCUCGCCGAUGCUCUUCUGCUCCACCGGCUGCCUCACGUCCUCGCUGGGCUCGUCCAAGAGCGUCAAGACCUGCCACCAUUGCCAAAGGAGGAUCUCCCGGCCUCAGGACGUCAUCCUGGCGCCCGACGCCGACGGCGUCAUGAAGGGCUUCUGCUGCCAGACGUGUCUGUCCGCCUUCAGCCGCAGGAGGAGCACGAGGAGCGCCAAAGCCAAGACUUGGACACCCGUCGGUCCGCAGGGUCAGGCGGCGUGCAGCAUGUGCGCCAAAUUCAGCAUCAGCAAACACGAGGUGGUCCUGGGCGGCACGGUCCACAGGAUGUGCAGCGACUCCUGCUUCAAGCGCUUCCGCACCACCAACCACCUGAGCAUGGCGGGGUGCGCAAACUGCGGCUCCUUCUGCCACGUCAGGCCGCUGCUGCUGAGGAUGGAGGGCAGCAGCAAGACCCUGUGCGACCUGGACUGCCUGGUCCAGUAUAAGACCAAAACCAAGACCACUCUGCCCUGCUCCAUGUGUCGCUCUCCACGGCCCGUGGCGGACAUGGUCCACAACAAAGGCACCGACGACUCCGUCACGCUCUUCUGUAGCAGCAGCUGCGUCAUGGCCUUCAUGGUCCAGAGCGUCAGCUCCUCAGGUGCCCACACCAACUGUGACAACUGUGGCAAACACACGGUGCCGGCGUACCACCUGGCCAUGUCUGAUACCACCAUCAGGAACUUCUGCACGCUGUCCUGUGUCAUGUCCUUCCAGGAGAAGUUCAAGGUGAAACAGAAACAAGCCGCCAUCUUUCCAAAGCUGUCGGUGGCGUCCGGCCCGGACCCGAGCGCCACGCUGCAGCCGCUCAAGCUGACCACGUCGCCCACGCUCACCUGCGCCCACUGUGCCCGCAACAUGUCUUGUCAGCCCCAAGUCGUCCAGAUCCAGAACAAGCUGGUGUUUGUGUGCGACGCCACCUGCGCCCAGGAGUUCAAGACGGCCAAAAACGUGAGCAGCCGGUGUGGCUCCUGCAAGACGGACAAGAUCUGCAAGGAGGUGAUGAGAGUCAACUCCAAAGAGCACUUCUUCUGCAGCAACGGCUGCAAGCGUCUGUACGAGCAGGAGCUGGAGAAGAGCUGGGGCAAGCACUGCACGUCGUGCCGCUACUGCCGGCGUGUCUCCGAGACGCUGGUGACGGAGCUGUACGGCGGCGCCACCGAGGAGUUCUGCUCGGAGGACUGCAGGUCCAAGUACACCAUGCUCUUCUGCCACGUGGCGAAGUGCACGUCGUGUGGCCGCAAAGGCAAACUCAAGCAAAGUCUGGUCAUGCUGGGAGACGUCAUGAACUUCUGCGACCUGCCGUGUUUGUUCCAGUUCUGCAACCUCCAAGUCAAAACGCAGGGCGACGUCUUCCCUCCAGACUCGCAGGAGGCCACGCCCGUCAUCGCCAACGUCAUCUCGCUGGCGUGCGAAGCGGCGAGUCCCGGCACCCCCGAGAGGCCGUCCCAGCAAAGUGCGGACUCGCUCGGCCAGGACUCCGACCCGGCCAGCGUCAAUGCCGACUGGGAGAAACCGCCGCAUAGCUCCGCCUCCAGGACGCAGAAAAAUAAAGCUCUGCUGUGCAAGCCGCUGGUGCAGAACAAGGGCGUCUCCUGCAGGGUGCAGACCGCCAGCGUGGAGGCCCAGACGGAUCUCUCCCUGCCAAAGAUCCUGGUCCUGCCUGUGCCCGUGCCCGUCUACGUCCCCGUGCCCAUGAGCAUGUACAGCCAAUGCACCCCCGAGGCUGUGGGCGUGCCGCUGCCGCUGCCCGUGCCCGUGCUCCUCCCCGUCACCACCAGCAAUGCCGACCGCAUCGUGGAGACCAUUAAGAAGAUCAAGGAGAAGUUCCCGGAGGACCCGUUUGAGGCCGAGCUCAUCCUCAUGGCGGAGAUGGUGGCCGAGCAGACGGGACAUGCCAGCGACGGAGAGACCGAACCCGACAAAAAGGCGGACAAGGAACCUGAAAGCGGUCCUGCCGGAGAUGCCAUGAGCGCCUACAGUGACGACCUGGACACGGAUGACCUGGCCAGCCUGCUCAACAAUUGGGACGAGCCCCCCUCAGACGCCGGCCCCGCCGCCAGACCCGGUCCCGCUGUCAGGAAGCCUGUCCCCGAUGCCCCUCCCCCACCCCCCAUGGACAUCGAAGCGGACUUCCCCGUUGAAACGCUGGAGAAGAUGGCCCAGCUGCGAGAACUGUCCCCGCAACCCCCCAGCCCCUCACCUGCUGCCUCACGACCACGAGAAGCGUCCCGGAAAUCCAAAGACAAGAAGGGUCGUAAGCGGCUAUCCAAGGCCGCAGCCAGGCCCAGCAAAAAAGACUCCGCCCACAAGGCUGACGCGGGCAGCGUCCCAAAGCUGAAGAGUGAAUACGGCGUGGACGCCUGGAGGCGCUGGGUCCACUGGAGGGACACUCAGUCCCAGGUGGAGACGCCACGUAUAGGAUCGCGCCCCCUGGUGCUGAAAGAGGACAUCCUGCACUGCACCACGGCCGAGCUGAGCUACGGGCUGUGCCGCUUCGUGGCGGAGGUGACGCGGCCCAACGGCGAGCGCUACACCCCGGACGGCCUCUUCUACCUGUGCCUGGGCAUCCAACAGCAUUUGUUUGACAACGGCCGCGUGGAGAACAUUUUCAUGGACCCCUUCUACUGCAAGUUCUCCAGCGAGUUCACCGCAACGCUCCGAGGCUUCCAGCCUUCCCUGACGGCCAGCGGAUACAUCCACUCCCGCGUGGAGGAGGAGUUCCUGUGGGACUGCAAGCAGCUGGGCGUCUACUCGCCCAUCGUCCUCCUCAACACGCUGCUCUUCUUCUUCUGCAAGAACUUUGGCUUCACCAGCGUGGAGCAGCACCGCCAGCUGUCCUUCGCCCACGUCAUGCGCUGCACCAAGACCGACCACAGCAGCGGCAAGACCACCUUCCUGCGCUUCUACCCCCCCAUCCCCCCCGCUGACAUCCCGCCAGAUUCCGAUUUCCUGCCACCGGCGAAGAAGCGCAAAGAGGAGGAGGCCAAGGAGGAGAAGAUCCUGGAGAUGAUGGAGAACACGGACAAUCCUCUCCGCUGCCCGGUCCGACUCUACGAGUUCUACCUGUCCAAGUGCUCGGAGACGGUGAAGCAGCGCACCGACAUGUUCUACCUUCUUCCCGAGCGCUGCUGCGUGCCCAACAGCCCGCUGUGGUUCUCGUCCACGCCGCUGGGUGAGGACACCAAGGAGGCCAUGCUCACGCGCAUCCUCACCGUGCGUGAGCUGCACGUCGCGGCGAGGCAGCGGACGCUGGAGCCCAAAGGGGAUGACGCCGCCAACGACAAAGACGACUUUGGCGGCGGCAGAGAAGUGGAAGAGGAAGAUGAGGACGACGGAGGAGACUACUGGGAAUGACGAGGACGCCGGUGGACUCGGCUUGCGUCGGUGUCUUGAAGGUCGGACUAACCACGUAUUCAUCCACACGUUGACAUGUUUGUCUGCUUCUUGUCUGGUGUUACUUUUUUUUCCAAGUUUGGACGCUGCCACGACAGCAAAAACAAAACAAGCCAGACCAGGUCAAAGGUCGCUUCACUCCUCCCACUUCAACUUGGGAAAUAACUGGAAUAGCUGGUGACGUGUUGGACGAUGGUGUCCAGCCAGUAGACGGAGAUGAAACCGCCCUGGUUUGCCUCGCAUUUAGAAAGCAGGACAACGGCAGUAAUAAUCCGCAGAAAUGAAGCCACAAUUGAUUCAAGUUAUGUCUUUCAAAGCACCUUUUAAGACGCCAUGAUGGCCUUUCCUGGAUCUAGGGAUGUAAAAGUCUAUCGGUCACAUGUUCCUUCACACAGCAUUUUGUAUUGAUCGCUUUUUAAUAAAAUCCAACCAUCUGCACAUCUUGA